GUCCCAUUGCAACCCCCAUCCUGCCUCUUUGCAUUUCCCUGCAGUCUCCCUGCCCAGCCCCUCGGCUCCGCGCUGGAGAGGAGCCGGCAGCCUCCCCGUCGCCCUGGACCCGCCUUCCUGCCCCCUGGACCUUAAGUGGCCCCACCGGACUCAUGGGGGCGCAGCCCCGCUCCCCGGCACGGGCAGGACUCGGCGCAUGCCUGGCCGCUGGGCGGUGGCCCUAGGCACUGGCACGGGGGUCUCCAACGGGCAGCAGCGGCCCCAGGCCCCAGCAGGCAGGGACCCGGAGGCCCAGCGCUCCCAGCCGCCCCCCGCCAGUGCCCUGGAGAAGACCGAUUCCAGCUCCUCCUCCUCCUCCUCCUGCUCCUCCUCGUCGUCCUCCUCCUCCUCCUCCCAGCAGGCGGUGCCCCCCGGCGGCGGGGACAGCAACCUCUGCCCCCUGCGCUCGCCAGAUCUGGAUAUUUAUGAUCCCUUCCACCCAACGGACGAGGACAACCCGGGCGGGGACUUCAGCUACGCGGCCUCGCCCGGCAAACAGCAGGACCAGAAAUACGACCCCUUUGACCCCACCGGCUCCAACCCCAGCUCCUCCCGCAGCAGCCCCUCCCCUGAUGAGGAGGAGGAAGAGGAGGAGGAGGAGGAAGAGGACGACGCAGCCGCCCCUCGGCCCGACAUGUCUCAGAGCAUCAGCCGCAUCUCGGAGACCCUGGCUGGCAUUUACGACGAGAACAGCUUGAGCCAGGACUUCCCCGGCUCGGAGAAGGGGCGGGACGAGGCGGAGGCCAGCGAGGCCCCUGUGGCCAGUGGCCGGCGCCCCGAAAAGGAGCCGGCGGCCGGGGCUGACUCCACCCUGCCCGAGGAGGAGAUCACCUCAGAGCAGUCGGACGGGGCCCCCGAGCCGCCCCCGGAGCCGCGGCGCCGCGUCUUCGUGGUGGACCUUGCCAGCAAGAGCCGGUCGGAGGCAGAGGCCAACCCCAAGCUGGAGGGGAAGGUGUCGCUGGAGGUGGUGACGGCCGGAAACCCCAAGGCUCCUGCCCGGGGAGAGAAGGGCCCCAAGGCGGGCCGGCACCGGGGCGGGCGGCGCUCCUCUCUGGACUGGGCUGGUGCCGACUCCGAGAUUGAGGAAGGCGAGAUCGUGCAGCCGGAGGACGAACGCUACAGCCCCAUCCGGCUCUUCCGCAGCCGGUGCCGGCCGGCCGAGCAGCGCCCCCUGCGGGUGGCGGAGGGCGAUGACUUCCUGUCUCUCCAUGCCGACUCAGACGAGGAGGGGGACUUUGGCGAGAGCCAGCCUGAGCCCCGGUGGAAGGCAGCUGCCGACCUGCGGCGCAAGAUCCUGACGCAGCGCCGCGAGCGGUACCGCCAUGACUCGCCCAAGCACUCGGGCUCCAGCUCCGGCUCCCGCAAGAAGGCCAAGCGGUCCCGCGAGCGCCGGCCCCCCAAGGCGAAGGAGCCCCGCGCUGGCCCCUGGCCCCCCAAGAAGAAAUCCAAGUCACGUUCGAAGUCCAAGGAAUGCCGGCGCUCGCGGUCCCGCCGGCGCGGGUCCCGGUCCCGGUCC